ACAGUAAACGUGGCUCUGGACCUCAGGAACCUCCUAGACCCCUUCUGGUCUGUUUGAGGCCGUGUCUGAAGAUAACAGCGAAUUCGGCUGGCUAACUGGUGGACCGAGGAAUCACUUGGGACUCUGGAUCCUGGUGUCUCCUCACUUGCUGGGGCUGGGGGUUGCGUUUGGUACCCGGAGCGGAGGCCUCUGCCGGGCAUUGUGGGGUCAGCGUUCGGGUCUCCUUGGCAACGCCUACUGGGGAAGGCCGCGGGGCGCACUCCGGGAGGUGGCAGACCGGCCCUUCCGCGUCUUGAGGCCUCUGCCGAGCCGCCCGGCCCUUGGGUUUUCCUAGUCUCGGGCCGCGGCCCCCACCCGGCGCGCUUGUACGUAGGAGAGGCCCAGGCCCGGCAUGGCGGACGCGCGGUCCAGCGGCCCCCAGCGCGGCGGCGCGCGGCACAGGCUGCUGGAGAGGAUGGCGCGCCUGAAGCAGGGCGGCCCAGAGUUCGCCAAGCCCAAGAAGGAGGGACGGCGCGCGGACGACUGCGGCUUCUGCUCGGGCUGCUGGUGCGGGCGGUGGCUCUUCCCGCGGGGCGCGGCCCUUGGUGCGUGCAGGAAGAAGGCCUGGUACGUGCGGCCCGGGCCGGCGGCCCAGAAGCGCGACCGCUGGGUCCUCGCGAGCCUGCGGAGGCUGCUGCAGAAGCUGGCGGUGUGGAGGCGGCGCUAUUUGCGGCGCAGGAAGCGGCCCGAGAAGCUGGAGGAGAUCCCGCUGCUGGCGCCGGACCGCGUCGUCGGCGACUAGGCCGCGGCCGCCGGAAACCCUGCUCCGCCCCGCCCGCUGCACCCAGAGCUUUGGUUUUGUUUAGUAAAGACCAGAAAUGAAAAUAAACCGAAUUCCAUCUGAA